GUUGGGGAAGGCACGUUUUGUGCCGGGGCUGAAUGCUCAUUUCUACCUCUGGAAAUUUCCCUAGGCUUGAACCUCAAGCUCACUUUCCGUCUUUUUAAGGGAUGAGAUUAGCUUAAUGGCAGAGGCAAUGAAGAUUAGGAUUUUAACAUGGUUUGGCUAGUUUUUCAGGCGAAAAAUGCCAGUAACUUUGUUGUUUUAAUAAAGCUAAAACAGAAUGGUUCGUGUUUGGAAUUUUUCAAAUCAGGAAGCUUCCUGUGCUCCAUGAACAACAACAACAUACUAACAAUUUAGAGACUUGGGGGAAGUGGGACAAAAAGUUUUAAAUGUGUAAUCAUUUUUAGGCAUGAGCAUAAGGUAAACAGAAGGUUUUAAAGAAAUAAUUUCAGUGGAUGUAUAAUAGCUAAAUAGCACUUUCUUCCACAUGGAAAAAUAAACUACAGGAAUAAUUACUCUUCUCCAGCCUUUGAAUCUUGACAACCCAAACAGCUCCAAAGCCUACUCCUUGGAGAUCCAAGCCACAGACACUGGAAACAAUACCGGCACGUACGCAUUCACCGUGUGGGUGGAGAGUGCAGACGAUGCCAUCUCCUGUGACCCAGGCUUUCUAACAGCUGAUGUAUUGUCCAGGUGUGUCCCUGUCUGUUCCUGAAGAUGUCCCUGCCUUGACCUUUAUAUACAUGAUUCUUUCAAGAGACCCAGAUCCGGGACAAGAAGUUGAAUUUUUAAUACUAAAUUCUUCAAGUAAUGCCACUACCUAUUUUGCUUUGGAUUCAUUGAAUGGUGUCAUUUCUAAAACUGCUGAGCCUCCUUUGGACUAUGAAACAAAUCCUAAGAACAAUGUUUACUAGAAAUGGUGUUAGCAGGAAUCCUUAUUUUGUCAUGAUUUUCAAAGAUAUUGUUUGAAAGUUUCAAAUAAGAAUGGCGUUUGCUGUAGGGUUUUGCAUUUCCAGUUCGUGGUCGCUGUGAGAGCCCGGGGCAGAGGCCCCACGGAGUCCUGCGUGGGUACGGUCACCCUGCACAUCCAGGACGUCAACGACGAGAGCCCCGUUCUCACAUACAUGCCGGACGCUCCUCUACAUAUUCACGAAAAUGUGCCGCUUGGCACGAAGCUGGUGACGUUAACAGCGACUGACAGAGAUGCAGAGGACUCGGUGCGCUAUGAGUUUGUAGGAACACACAAAGAAUUUUUUAUAAAUGAAGAUUCAGGAGAGGUUACAGUUGCCUAUCCUUUAGAUUAUGAAGAUGUUGGCAUCCCAAAGUCUUGGGUAUUACGUGUCAGAGUUUAUGACAGCCAAUGGGCACAUUCAACAACUGGGACAUUCACGGUGAUUCUACAGGAUGUGAAUGACAACCCACCUCGGUGCUCCCAGGAUAUUUACGUAAUUGAGCUUGCUGAAAACACGCCAGUCGGAACUCAUUUAGUCUCCCUGGCCUGCAUAGAUAUGGAUGGAGCUUUUCCCAAUAGCAACAUAACUUAUCAUUUGAUUAUGGAUCCUUUUUCAAAUGAAACCUUUAGUCUCACAAACAAUGAGCUAAAAGUUGGACCUAAACAUCUAAAUUCUGACAAUGCUAUUUUUGUAGGAAUGCACUUCAAAUAUACGCUGUUUGUGAAAGUCUCUGAUGAAGGAAGUCCUGUCCUUUCAACAAUGAUUACAGUCAUUAUAAGGGUGAUUCGCAUAAAUGAGCUGGAACCAGUUGGAACUACCUCAGCAUUUACCUUCAGUAUACUGGAAAAUAGUCCAGUUGAUACACUCGUGGGAAAACUUACAUUUACAGAUGCAGACUGGCCAUUUAACAAUCUAAAAUACACCAUUAUUGGAGGCCAUUUGGGAAUGCCACCCAGAUUUUACAUGGAACCAGACACAGGAAUGAUAAAGCUACUGGAGUCACUAGACAGGGAAACUGAAUCACAGUACAAGAUAGUUGUGAGAAUUACAGACAUGGACAAUGAUGCUGCCCCUGACCCCCUUAGACAGAGAAGUGCGACUGCUCAGGUGAUGGUCAACGUCCUGAACGUGAACGAUGAACCUCCUAUGUGUCAUCCACCGCAUUUGGAAACUCGGAUUUAUUCCACGGUCAAAGGCCCUUUUAUUCAACUCAACUGUUCAGACACAGACUCUCCACAGGGACAGCUCAGCUAUUUAAUUGUAGGAGGAAAUACAAAUAAUCAGUUCACACUUUGGAGACUGGGUGUUGAUCCUCCUUCUCUGGCCACCGGGCAGCAUUUCCAGUAUGAUGGAUUUCAGGGAAUUCAAGACCCUGUGACUUUCCAGUUACUCGUGCAAGUCACUGAUGAAUUAGGUGGGAAUACAGCUCGUCAGCUGUCAGCCACUUCUACCAUCAUCGUGCAUGUGGUUCCCUGGAUCACAUCACGGCCAGCUUCGUCCACAAAGGCAGCUUCAACGACAAUGACUACUUCUGUGGAAAGGAAGAUCUUGUAUUAUUGGAGCCCGGAUAGCUGGUUCCCCGCGGUGCUGACCCUGACUGGAGCUCUUCUCCUGAUGUGCCUGUAUGCUCUCUCGUGGUGCCUCUUCAAAGAUGUGCCCGCCUGUUCAAGAUUAUUCCCUCACUGCGACCAACAGCGGAGUCAUUCUAAUCUCGCUGCCAAGGAGCCAGGUUUGGGACCACGCCAUGGAAAUUCACUGGGUAAGGACCCCAAGCCAAGCACAAAACUCAGCUUGCUGCCUGGAAAUCAUCAGUGACAGUAAUGCGAUAUCCGUUCAGCAAUGAGACAGACGAUGCUGAGCUGUUGGACAAUUAAGAAAGGAAAGUGAUCCGGAUAGAAGACAUUGGAUUUAACCCACGUAAAGGUCACCCUCUCUUUAUGUCACUCGCUUUCUUUGAAAAGGUCUCUUAAAACACAACUUCUAACAUUAGAAUAAAAUCAAUAUUUCCAACAGAGCUUGGAUAUUUUUGUAUAACCUCUCACAUAUUUGAUAGGUUUGAAUUGCACUGUUGUAGUAUGAUAAGAUUUAUAUGCUAUAGAGUUAGAUUUGUUUUCAGUUAAAAAUUUACACUGUUAUGCUAAUCACCAAUAAAGU